AUAUUUUUUGAGGGUUUAAUUGAUUCUAUAAAUCUGGCGAAUCCUUGGUGGACCACUCAGGUGGGGUUGUCCGGGGUUGAUCAUCAUCAUCAUCAUCACCACCCGGCCGCGAUUAAUUCACCCAUCUUCAAACAAAGCGAUGAAAACAGCGGCGGAAGCCGAGAAGAUGACGACGACGACAACAAUCGCGACGAGCCAAAAGAAGGAGCCGUGGAAGCCGGAACACGGAGGCCAAGAGGGCGUCCACCUGGAUCUAAAAACAAACCAAAACCCCCAAUCUUUGUCACACGUGAUAGUCCCAACGCUCUCCGGAGCUACGUUUUAGAGGUCGCUGCCGGAUCCGACGUGGCCGAUUCCAUCGCUCAAUUCGCUCGUAAACGCCAGCGUGGCGUUUGUGUCCUCAGUGCAACCGGCUUAGUCGCUAACGUCACCUUACGUCAGCCCGCCGCUCCCGGUUCCGUAAUGCCACUCCAAGGAAGGUUCGAGAUUCUUUCGUUAACCGGUGCUUUUUUACCCGGUCCAGCUCCACCUGGCUCAACGGGUCUCACAGUUUACUUGUCCGGCGGUCAGGGCCAGGUCGUCGGUGGGAGCGUGGUUGGAUCGCUUGUGGCUGCCGGACCUAUUAUGGUAAUUGCAGCUACUUUUGCUAAUGCAACUUAUGAAAGGUUGCCUCUUGAAGAUCCCGACGAACAUGAAGUUGGAAGUGGCUCCGCCUCACACGGUGGUCCUAGAAGUCCUCCGCCGGAAAUUAGAGCCACUGGAGGAGGGCAGAUGCCAGCUGGGAUGCCGGAACCCACUUUGCCCUUGUAUAAUUUACUGCCAGAUAUGAUUCCCAACGGCGUUCAGCUUGGCCACGACGGGUAUGCUUAUGUCCGACCGCCGUAUUGAAAUUUCAAAAAUCAUUUAACAAGGGAUAUACUGAUUAUUAGGGUUGCUGAGGAAGAAGAAAAAAAGAGAGAGAGAGAAUUAAAGAUGGGUUUUUUUUUAAAAAAAAAAAAAGAAAUCAGUUUGUUGUUUGUUCAUAUAGUAAUUAGCUUGGCCAAUCUUUCUUUCUAGUCUUUUUUUUUUUUUUUUUUAAUUUCUGGUUGGGAUUAAUAAAUAAAGAAGAUAAUUGGCUUGUCUUUUCAA